AUUUGACUGGCUCUAUGAUAUUUGAGGGCAUCGAUUCGUCACAUUGAAGCGCCCACAUUCUUCUCGUGCUGUCGAUCGAUCCAUCCUCGCCUUUUUCCAAUGUGGACUCUAAUGUGGGGGCUUUCGAUCGUCGCAUCGGCGCUGGCGCUGGCGAUAGCGCUCUCCAAUCCGGCCGCGGCAGCAUUCGCGGGAUCUAGAGCGCAAAACUCCGAAUCGCUCGGGAACUGUGUCUACACGAUCUACGUGCGCACCGGCAGCAUCUUCAAGGGCGGAUCCGACGCCAACAUGAGCGUGGAGCUCAUCGACACCUACAACAACAGCCUGACCAUCGACAACAUCGAGACAUGGGGCGGAUUGAUGCCGAGCGGCUGGAACUACUUCGAGCGCGGCAAUCUAGACGUGUUUAGCGGCCGCGGCUCCUGCCUGAGCACCACCCCUUGCAAGCUCGUCCUCACCUCGGAUGGAUCCGGCAGCCACCACGGCUGGUACGUCAACUACGCCGAGGUGAGCAUCACGGGCCCGCAUCUCGGCUGUUCCCAGCGCCUCUUCACCAUCGAGCAGUGGCUCGCCACGGACACCUCUCCGUACGAGCUCUCCGCCACCGUCGAUAAGUGCCAGGGCAACGGCGAUCCAAGCAUCCAGAAAGCCUAGUACGGAACUCUCCGUGGAUAAGGUAUAUCCCUGCGAAUGUGCCAGUUUUUUAAAUAACGACAAACGCGGGAAUCGAAAAGCCCAGGUUUAGGUCAA